GGCAAAGAAGUAAACAUGGUUACCAAAGCUGUGGCCAACUCAAUGCUUUUUCUGAGGAUUGUUGCUCUUGCAGCCUCAGUAGUAACUGUGACCUUACUAGUUACUUACAAGGUCAAAUUUGAUGAUGGAACAAAGCUCAGUUUUCGAGAUUUCAAUUCAUACUGGUAUGAGUUGGUGGUUGCAGCAAUUGGUGGUGCAUAUUGUAUAGUGCAGCUACCAUUUGCCAUAUACUAUGCUGUACAUCAAAAGAGGUUGAUACGCAAUGGAUCCUUGCCAGACUUUGACUUCUUUGGAGACAAGGUGAUUUGUGUGCUUCUAGCUACAGGAGUUGGUGUUGGGUUUGCAGUGUCUUUGGAAUUUAAAAUGUUCUUCGAUGGCAUAUUUGACUCUGUGGGUACCGCAAAGAAUGACGCUACAAGGUCCGCAUAUGACAAGUUUUUUGAUCGAGUAAUUGUGGCUUCUGCUAUUCUCCUUGUUGCAUGCCUUUCCAUGAUAAUCGUUUCAGUCAUUUCCUCCAUUAAUCGAAGCCAAAGCAAAGGCGUUUUUAGUUAAAUAAUUUCAUUUUUUCAUCAACAAAUCAGUUAAAACAAUUGAGGUAACUCAGCUUCUAAUAAAGCUAGUUAUGGGUUGUAGACUUGUGGUCUUCACCAAGCUCAAAGCAUUAUUUGUCUUAAAGUAUAAAUUCGACAUCAUACAACAUUUUGUAUUCAAUAAUCAUCUGUAAAAGUGCCUUUUAUUUAUUAUAUU